UUAUAAAGAGCAGACUUUCUAUUUCACUCACACCAGCCUCUCUGGCUUUGGGAGCUGAAGACUGCCCAGGCACUUUCAAGCGGGGCCAGAAAGAAGCCUAUUGAGCCAUUAUUUUCUCAUCGCAGCAGCAACUCACAAUGCCUGGGAAGAUGGUCGCAAUCUUUGGAGCCUCAGAGUUACUUUGGAUUGUAUUUGCAGCUUCUCAAGCUUUUAAAAUUGAGACCUCCCCUGAUUACAGCACUCUGGUACAGAUUGGUGACACCAUCUCAUUGACCUGUAGCACGACAGGUUGUGAGUCCCCAUCUUUCUCUUGGAGAACCCAGAUAGACAGUCCAUUAAACGCGAAGGUGAGCCAUGAGAGGACCAAGUCCACGCUGACAAUGGAUCCUGUGAGUUUCGACAAUGAACACUCUUACCUGUGCACCGCAACCUGUGGAUCUGGGAAGAUGGAAAAAGGAAUCCAAGUGGAGAUCUACUCUUUCCCUAAGGAUCCAGAGAUUCAUCUCAGUGGCCCUCUGGAGGUUGGAAAGCCAAUUACGGCCCAGUGUGUGGUCCCUGAUGUAUACCCCUUUGACAGGCUGGAGGUGGAUUUACUGAAAGGCGAUCAUCUCAUGAAAAAUCAGGACUUUCUGGAAGACAUGGAAAGGAAGUCUCUGGAAACCAAGACUUUGGAAGUGACCUUUACCCCUGUCAUUGAGGAUAUUGGAAAAGCUCUUGUUUGCCGAGCUAAAUUACACAUUGAUGAAAUGAAUUCUGCACCCAAAGAAAGGGAGACUACCAAAGAGCUGCAAGUCUACAUCUCACCCCGAAACACAGUCAUCUCUGUGCAGCCCUCCACAAGGCUGCAAGAAGGCGACUCUGUGACGAUGACCUGCUCCAGCGAGGGUCUACCGGCUCCUGAAAUUUUCUGGAGCAAGAAACUGGAGAAUGAGAAUCUGCAGCCACUCUCUGGGAAUUCAACUCUAACCUUAAUUGCUAUGAGGAUAGAAGAUUCUGGAAUUUAUGUGUGUGAAGGAGCUAAUCUGAUUGGAAGACACAGAACAGAAGUGGAAUUAGUUGUUCAAGAGAAACCAUUUACCAUGGACAUCUCUCCUGGCUCGCGGGUUGCUGCCCAGAUUGGGGACACCAUGGUGCUGACCUGUUCCGUCACAGGCUGCGAGUCUCCAUCAUUGUCUUGGAGAACGCAGAUAGACAGCCCUCUGAGCGGGCAGGUGCAGAGUGUCAGAGCCAAGUCCACCCUGACCCUGAGCCCUGUGAGUUUCAAGAACGAGCACUCUUACCUGUGCACAGCGACCUGUGGACCUAAGAAGCAGGAAAAGGGGAUUCAGGUGGAACUCUACUCCUUCCCUAGAGAUCCAGAAAUUGAGAUGAGCGGCCUGCUCGUGAGUGGGAGCCCCGUCACCGUGAACUGCACAGUGCCUAAUGUGUACCCUUUUGAUCAUUUGGAGAUUGAAUUAUUAAAGGAAGGAACGAUUUUGGCAAGUAAACAGUUUUUGGAGGGAACAGACAGGAAAUCCCUGGAGACCAAAAGUUUGGACAUGACCUUCACCCCCACCACUGAAGAUACUGGAAAAGCUCUUGUUUGUCUGGCCAAGUUACAUAUGGGUGAGAUGGAAUCUGAACCCAAACAAAGGCAGAGUACACAGACGCUGUAUGUAAAUGUUGCUCCUAAGGACACUACGGUGUUCGUCAGCCCCUCCUCCAUCCUGGAGGAAGGCAGCUCUGUGAAUAUGACAUGCUUUAGUGAUGGCUUCCCAGAUCCAAAAAUUCUGUGGAGCAGACAGCUGAGCAAUGGUGCUCUCCAGCCUCUUUCUGAGAAUACAACUCUCACCUUCAUCUCUACAAAAAUAGAAGAUUCUGGCAUAUAUGUGUGUGAAGGGAUUAACCAGGCUGGAAUAAGCAGAAAAGAAAUUGAAUUAAUUGUACAAGUUUUUCCUAAGGACAUACAACUGACAGUUUUUCCUUCUGAGAGUGUCAAGGAAGGAGACACUGUCAUUAUCUCCUGUACUUGUGGGAAUGUUCCAGAAACUUGGAUAAUCCUGAAGAAAAAAGCAGUCACAGGAGAUACAGUACUGAGGUCUGUAGAUGGCGCGUACACCAUCCGCAAAGCUCAGUUGGAGGAUGCAGGCGUGUACGAGUGUGAAUCGAAAAACAAAGUGGGAUCCCAGUUAAGAAGUCUGACACUGGAUGUUAAAGGAAGAGAAAAUAACAAAGACUAUUUUUCUCCUGAACUCCUGGUACUGUAUUGCGCAUCCUCUCUCAUAAUACCUGCCAUUGGAAUGACCAUUUAUUUUGCAAGAAAAGCCAACAUGAAAGGAUCAUAUAGUCUUGUAGAUGCACAGAAAUCAAAAGUGUAGCUCACACUUGAAAUAUUCAACCAGAGACCCUAUUUGUAAGUUCAAAUCCUUAAUAGUGCUCAUCAUUCUACAAGAAAAACAACUGAACAUUCAGACUUCCUAGAAUUUACUGGAAGCAAAGAGAAGGGGACUUCCAAGGCUCUUUUUGAGAGCAAGAACCAACAGAAAACUUUCUUCUUGAUAAGUCAUGGCUAUUGAGAUGAGAUGAUUGAGAGAGUCCCUGAUGCGUGUAGACAAUAAUACAACCUGUACAUAUGUAAAAUAAAAUUAUGGCAUAGCAAGAUUGCUUGGGAUAGCAACACUCUAUGUUUAGAUCAUGAAAAUAACCACCCAGCGUUGCUUGGAAUGACUGUAAUUACAGCACAUUUUAGGAACUUUUGAUAUUCAUAUUGACUGGCAGUUGGCUGAGGCUAUGUUUCAUCUAUUUUAUUGCCUUAACCAUAUUUUAUUCUGAUGAUUUUCUUGACAAUAAUUUCAUGUUUUAUAAAGAAUCCAGGG